GUCCCAGUCGGCGGCUGGGUGUGGAGUGCUGGCGUUGGGGAGGCAACUGCGUAGCCUCUCAAUAGCCGAUUGAUUGACAAAAUCCAGAAAGGAAAGAAACUUGAACUGCCAUUAAGCUGUUUCUGGGGGCGUUGAUCUGUUGACAGCGAUAACUCAUCCCUCGGCGUCUGCCCUAUAAAAGCUCAUCUGACUGGCGGUGAUCAGCCAGAACAUCUGCCCCUACACUAUAGCAAUGAAGUCGUUUGUUCUGCUCCUUGCACUGCUUCUGGCCUGUACACUCAUUGAGGCCCAAUCGGAGGCGAACUGUCCCUCCAUCUGCCCGGCAGUCUUCAGUCCAGUGUGCGGAGAGACCCGCAAAAAUGGCCGAUUGGUGCGCUGCAAAUUCAGCAAUGGCUGCCAGAUGGGAGUCAGCGCUUGUGUCAAUUGUUUGAAGUGGAGCGAGACGAGCUUGAGCGAAUGCAAAGCAACCGCAGACAUCUGCAGAAGCUUGGGAGGAUUCCAAACACAAGCAGGCAGAAAAUAACUUUACAGACCACCAACUCUGACGUGGGUUUGCUCUGCAAAUAUUAUCGUAUUUUUGGCGGAAUAAAAGAUGAUUGUUUUGGUACCAAAAUAAAAUGAUGUUUGCAUAUUUUUUAUGUUUACUCGACGUAAUUAAAACUUUGGAGUUGAGGGCGUAGAGAAUGAAAGAAAAUAAAUUAAUUUCAAGAAUGUGA